AUGCUUCGAGAAAUUAAACCUCGAAAUGCCCGGACGGCGCGCAUAGUGAAGGCUCGAGAACCUCAGCAAGUGGAAUCGAGAAAACGAGUCCUCCUCCUACACGGCACGAAAUGUCCCCAACCAGUGGCCUCCGUCCUCAAGACGGUACACACCUUGACGAAGCCCGACUCGGUCCUGUUCAACAAGAAGAACGAGAACAUCCACCCCUUCGAAGACACAACAUCCUUAGAGUUCCUGGCGCAAAAAAAUGAGUGUGGCGUGGUGGUUUUUGGCACACAUUCCAAGAAGAGACCCAACAACAUCACGGUAGCACGUAUGUUUGAUGGAAAGGUACUUGACAUCGUGGAGUUCCUCCUGCUUGUGCCCGAGGACCAGCCACGGACCGAACCGAAACUGCAGAUUGGAUUGGCAAUGAAGCCCUUGAUACUAUUCUCAGGAUCGCAAUGGGACGAUCCAUCUUCUUCCGCUCAAGCCGCUCUCUACCAGACCCUCAAGUCGACCCUACUCGAUAUUUUCCAGGGCGAAGAAGUAUCCUCCAUUGACGUUGCAGGCUUACAGUACGUCCUCAUGAUUGCCUCAGGCGAAAGCAACAGUUCGUCCGGAGACUUGAGUGAACCCGCCAGCAAGCCUGUACUCCAUCUUCGAUGGUACAAAAUUCGGACUCUGAGGUCCAACAAUGCCAAACUACCUCGAGUGGAACUUGACCCGAUGGGCCCCACCUUCGACUUCAGAGUUGGCCGUUAUCGAGAAGCGGAUGCGGAUGUGAUGAGAGAAGCUCUGAAACACGGACGCAGGCCGAACGAGGCAAGAAUCAAGAAGAAUAUUGAGACUGAUCUGGUUGGUGACAAGAUCGGUCGGGUACAUCUGGGCAGACAGGACCUUUCGACGCUGCAGACCAGAAAGAUGAAAGGUCUCAAGCGAGGGCGAGACAAGCUGGAAGAAGGCCAGGAGUUCGGGACCGAAGCACAGUCUGAAGAUGACAUGGGCAGCGAAGAUGAAGAUCUGGUUGAUGGUGGAAUGGAUGUGGACGAUGAGAUCUCGGAAGGUGGAAGCAGUGCAGGUGGUAGUGGGGAUGAGAUUAGCAUCGGUGACGACGAUGAUGAAGAGAUGGGAAACGGAGUCGAUGCGGAUGAAAAGCCCAAGCGGCAGCGCAUUUCAUGA